AUGGGGCAAUGUGUGUCCCGGGAUUAUCCGGGCCCUUAUGGAUUUACGCGUCAUUAUGACGCAGAGAGCCUCGCCAGCAGUUGCAAUGGUUCCACAAAGAAGUACAAUCCUUUAUGGCCUCCGGACCAGCCUGGUAUGUUGCUUUUAAUAGAUAUCCCGAAGUACCAUAGAAUUGGUAUCGCAAACUUGGGAUCACAAAAACUGAGUAUUGACGUCAGAAUCGCUGCCUCUAUUGGGAGUAUCAGAUCUGCAAGAUUAUCCAAUAAACAGUUUGAAGCCGCCGGCUACUAUAGUCGCCACCACAAUUCAGGUGAAUGCCUCUGGCGAUCAUUCUACCAAGGCGUAUGCGCUUUGCCAAUCCUGUCGUCUGUUUUUGUUCUGUAA